AUCAACUUGAGUUAUUUUUUGAUUUCAAAAUUUUAAAUGAGUAAACCCUUCUUUUGUUUUCCCUCUCGUUGAAAAAGUUUCUUUCUUUCUCCCUCUCACCAACGUUCAGUCUCGCUCUCCAUUGCAAUGGGCGUGAAGAACUUGUGGGACGUGUUGGAAUCGUGCAAGAAAAGGGUUCCCCUUCACCAUCUACAGAACAAGAGGGUGUGCGUGGACCUCUCGUGCUGGAUGGUGCAGCUUCACAGCGUGAGCAAGUCCCACGCUUGCGUAAAGGAGAAAGUGUAUCUUAAAGGGCUCUUUCACCGACUCAGAGCACUCAUUGCGCUCAAUUGCAGCCUCGUCUUCGUCACAGAUGGAUCAAUUCCUGCCAUAAAAUUAUCAACCUAUAGGCGUCGUUUAAAUGUUGGAAAGGAGGUAGCACUAAACGAAACAAAGCUACAGAAAGUGACUUCGUUACAGAGAAACAUGGGGUCUGAGUUUUCUUGCAUGAUUAGAGAGGCUAAAAUGUUGGGGAUGGCUCUUGGAAUUUCUUGUUUGAAUGGGAUUGAAGAAGCUGAAGCUCAAUGUGCUUUGUUGAAUUUUGAAUCAUUAUGUGAUGGAUGUUUUAGUCUAGAUUCAGACAUAUUCCUUUUUGGUGCAAGGACAGUGUAUAGGGAUAUCUGCCUUGGAGACGGUGGGUAUGUUGUUUGUUAUGAGAUGACAGAUAUCGAAAGAAAACUUGGACUUGGAAGGGACUCAUUGAUUGCUCUCUCCUUGCUUCUUGGCAGUGAUUACUAUCAAGGAGUUCAUGGUCUGGGUCCAGAGUCGGCUUGUCAGAUAGUCAAAUCAAUUGGGGACAAAAAUGUUCUUCAAAAAAUUGCUUCUGAAGGACUUGGAUGGGUGAAGAAAAGAAGAGGAGGCAGGAACGAUUUUGGGCUGGAUGAUAACAUUUUAGAAGUAAUUAAUGCUUAUAUGAAGCCAAAAUGUCACUCAGCUGAUUCAGAUAUUGUGCUCAAGGCUUUUGCUCAAUAUACGUUUCAACGUACUAAACUCCAGCAGCUAUGUGCUGAAUUCUUUCUGUGGCCUUCGGAGAAAACAGAUGGGUAUAUACUUCCAAGUAUAGCUGAAAGAGAUUUACGACGAUUUGCCAAUUUGCGUUUAACUUCAUCUAAAGUUGGACUGGACCUUCCUUUACAUGAGAUCCCUGUAAAGUGUCCUGUCUCAGAAAUCAUCAAGAGCAGAAGAGUGCAUGGGAGAGAAUGCUAUGAGGUUUCUUGGGAAGGAAUGGAUGGACUAGAAACUUCAAUAGUCCCUGCAGAUCUUAUAGAAAGUGCCUGCCGUGAGAAGAUUUUGGAGUUUGAGGAAAGAAAAGCUCAACGGAAGAAACAAAAUAAUCAGAAAAGAAGACCAAAGAAAAAGGAAACUAAUUCAUCUCUUGCUGAGCUUGAUCUAAAGCUUCAGAAUUUGUUGCUUGAUAAUAGUUUGAGAGAUCAAGACAACUUCAAUGCCUGUGAUUCUUCAGAAAGGGUAUCAAGGAUUGCAACUCCUAUGGCUGAUGAAGCUGAUCUUAAUACAGAAGACUUGUUGCAUCUAUCACAUGACAUAGAACACACUGGGUUGAUUCAGAAUACUAGCAACUUAUAUAUUACCAAUAAGGAAGUUUCCACUACAGGUAAAAAUGAGAUCAUAGAUCUUCUGAGCCCUUCCCCACCUAAAAAAAUCAUUUCUCUCUCAAAAUCUCUGCAACCAAGUGACCAAAAUAUCGAAGUGAUUAAUUUGAGUGAUUCAGAAAAUGACAUGUCUGUUGAACACAAGCAGAAAACCAAGGAACUGAGAUUGUUCUUAGCUAGUAUUAGGAAUGAAAUUCAUUGAAUAGCAACGUAGAUGUAACAUAAAAGUACGUUUUGUCAGUGUUGUUGACAAGAAGAGCAAUAAUAGUUUAUAAGUUCAGUUAUCA